AUGGCAAAUUUUAAUGGAGACGAUGUACACGCACCUCCCAAUGCACCGGACACCAUCACUAUCUUGGACCAGGACGCACCACUACUUCACCUCAUGACCAUAAUUCGCAACGUUAACACAGACCAUCGGGAUUUUUGCUCCGCGGUCGAAAAGGUGGCACGCCGACUUGUAUCGACAGCCCUGAACCACGUUCCAAUUGAGCCAUAUACUAUCACAACUCCAAUCAAUACGACAUACCAAGGUGUUCGUUUUACAAAAGGCGUUUGUGGUGUAAGCAUCCUGCGGGCAGGAACAAGUAUGGAGCAGGUCCUCCGAGAGACGUGGAUGGGACCGCUGAGUUUCGGAAAACUAUUGAUCCAACGAGAUGAGACUACAUGUCGUGCAGAGAUCUAUUAUUCCAAGCUACCCCCUCAGAUCACAAAAGAUGGUAAGGGGAAUUCCUUGUCCUCGUGA